CUGUAAGCUGACUGAAAAUUAUUCACUUGGUUUUUGUCAUGUCCUUUUGUAACUUAUAAAUAUGAAGGGACAAGUUGUGCUGCAGGUAAUUUUGUUGUGUUGUGUGGCAUGGGCAGUGCUGGAUGGCACCAUGGCUAAUGGAGGGCAAACUGGUCUAAGACUGAAGAAAGUGAGGCAGCCAUCAGGUUUUAUGCUUAGAGAGAGUGCUUUCUAUAAGGUCAUGAUAAAAGACAAAAAAAUGCAAAACUACAAAGUCAAACACCCUGCCAGCCUAAGCCAAACCAAGAGGGCAAUAGGGAACCAGGCCAGAAGCAUUCAAGGUGUGGUGGGUAGCUCUAUCCAGAGGGACGGUGCUGUGCCUGGAGCACGGGCAGCCCUAUCACGCAUGCCAACCUCUGCUGGUUCUCCCAACCUGCUGGCCACAUUUGCAGGGAAAAAUCGGUUACUGGUUAUUUCAGCACCUCAUAAAUCAGAUGGCUACUAUAGACUGAUGAUGAGCCUGCUCAAACCAAAUGUCUACUGUGAGCUGGCUGAGAGACAUGUCCAUCAGAUUGUAAUGUUUCACCAGGAGGGCGAGAUGGGUGGAAAAGUGAGACGCAUUACCAAUGUGGGCAAGGUGAUGGAGGAGCCUCUGGAUGUAGCCCUCAUUCCCCGACUCAUGAACUUCCUUAAGUUGGAGAAAGGUAAGUUUGGCAUGGUGCUUCUAAAAAAGACACUACAGGUAGAGGAACGCUACCCAUACCCAGUAAGGCUGGAGGCCAUGUAUGAGGUUUUAGACCAGUCACCAAUGCGGAAGAUGGAAAAGGCCAGACAGAAGGGGUUUAUUCAGAAGUGUAAGGAUGCAGGGGAGGAGGGUCAGGUGGUUGAGGGCAUCCCCAUCACUGGCACCCAGGUGGACCCACCUAUUUUAUGGCCAGAGAGAAAAAAGGAAUCCAACAGAAGACUCACCACUAUAACAACUACAGUCAGACUUCUUACUACCACAAGUACAACCACUCACCCCACAACAACUACCCGACAUAUCACAACCUCCACACCUACUACCACUGCUCAGAGGACAGCAAAACCUCACACAACCCCACAGUUGCUUCCCAAUGCCAAAGCUACAACCAAAAAUCAUCAUUACAACUUUAAGGACCACAGCAAAGCUCAAAAAAACAUUGUCCAACCUACCACUUCUUUCUUUCAUUACACCAAAGCAUACAAUGGAAAAAAUUCUGACAAUCGCACUGACCGAAAAGACAACGCUCGUAAACAGCCUGGCAUUGGGUCUAACAUAAACAAGCCAAACAAAUCUAAUCCUCCCUCAAAAAAGAAUGGUGGUGAUGAAUUGAGUAAUACAUAUGAGAAUAAGCAGGGUGUAGGCAAACCUACAGAUGCCUACCCUAAUAAGAAAGAAGUUGAAGGGGUUUCCACCAAUAAAGGAAAGGUCAAGCCAGAUAAAACGGAGAAGAAGAAAAAGGAUGAAACAGAUAAGCCACCAAAGAAGGACAAAUCUGAAAGUAGAGCUAAGGAGGAGAAAAACAGGAAGAAGGGAAAGAAAGAUAAAAAAGAAAAAAAGGAAACCCAAAAGCCAAAGAAACCACCACUUGUGAAAACAGCUUUGGAAACUUUCUUAGAAUAUUUUGAAAACAGAAGACGGCUGAUUCUGAUCACAGCUCCAACUGAAGAGAAUAAAAUGUAUGUGCAACAAAGGGAUGAGUACUUGGAACAUGUGUGUGAGAUGGCCAUCAGGAAGGUCUCCAUCAUCACCAUUUUUGGCACCUUGACCAACAGUACCAUGAAAAUUGACCAUUACCAGCUUGACGAUGACAGGCCUAUGAAUGGUCUCCGGGAGGAAGAUCUGGUAAACCAAGACCUUAUCACAGAGCUAAGAAAAGAGUUUGGGAUGACCUCUAAUAACUUCUAUAUGGUUCUUACUGAUUUAGACAUUAAAUGGAAGCAAUUUUAUGAGGUUCCAAUUGCCAUGAAAGCUGUAUUUGGGUACAUCGACACAUUCUCUUCCCGUAUCCGAGAAAUGGACCAGCAAAAGCGAGAUGGAGUGACCUGUAAAAAAGAAAAACCACGAUCACUGGAGAAUUUUUUGUCCAGGUUCCGCUGGCGACGCAGACUUUUUGUGAUAUCAGCACCCAGUGAUGAAGACUGGGCGUAUCAGCAGCAGCUCUAUGCAAUGUCCAGUCAGACAUGCAACCUGGGGCUUCGUCAUAUGUCAAUUCUAAAGCUCCUGGGGACUGAAAUGCUGGACAUGGACGGAAUAUUGGAGCUCUACGCCAUUAAUGGCAGUGGAUCAGUGGACCGUGAGAGCUUGUCUGUGGCACUUGUGAGAGACAUAAGGAACUACUUUCAGAUUAGCCAUGAGUAUUUCUCCAUGUUACUGGUGGGCAAGGAUGGCAAUGUAAAGUCAUGGUAUCCAUCACCAAUGUGGUCCAUGGAUAUCAUCUAUGAUCUGAUUGACUCCAUGCAAUUACGCAGACAGGAGAUGACCAUCCAGCAGAGCCUAGGCAUACAAUGCCCCGAGACUGAGUAUGAAUACCACCACGGUUAUCAUUACGGCCAUCAACAGGGCUAUCAUGAAGGAUAUGGUUACUGAAAGUUUUAGGCAGCUUCUGACCUAUUCAAAAAGUUUCAGUGGACUGAGUUUUAUUGUCAGAGGUUACAUUCUUUUUCCAUUAAUGAUUUACAUCAGUGUUUAAAAACUAUUUGUUUUUUUUCUAUAGGUUUAUGGCUUUCUUUUCCUAAGGAUGUAUAUGUGAUGUGUUUACACAGCCCAAAAUUUUUUGAUUUAAAUGAUUUUAUACUUUUAUGAUGUAGUCGUUGUGGGUCAAGACCUGCUUCAUGUACAUGAAAUCAACAUUUAGAAUUUCCUUACUACAUUGUAGAAAAAAAUAUUUAUAAUGAGUCAAAAAGAAUAAUAUGAUUUAAUGCUUUAGGUUUUGAAUCAGUUUUUUUGUUGUAGUCGCAGAACUGUUUUGUCAGUCAUUUCUAAUCACUUGUAUUAUUACUGACCCCCUAUUUCUUUUAUCAGGUAAUGAAGUUAAAUAGCUAAAAUCAUUUUAUUUAUUUAGAUUUUAGUUUUAUUUACUUUAUUUUAUUUUUAUUUAUUUUAUUUUAUUUGUAUUUAUUUUAACAUGUGCUUCUCUAACUGUAUUAGGUGGCCUUUCAAACAAUUCUUCGUAUGAUAUAUAUAAUUUUAUAAAAAGAUGACCAUUUUAGCUAGCAACACACAUUCAAUUGGCUGUGUCACUGCCCUUAAUAGGGCUCUAUGACAAGAUGCACACAUGCGGUACACAGCUUUUUUCUGUGUAUGUAAAAAUACUAUAAUACAGGGUGUCCCAAAAUGAACUGACAUUUUAAAUUUGCAGCCAUUUUUUCACGGCAAAACCAGAGUUGGAGAUUUUUAAAUUGCUGUCAUUAGUAAACGUGGAGGUUAAAUCAUAAAAAGGUACACAAUCGAAAAACGCGUAGAAAUUGUAAAAAUUCACUUUAAAAAUAGUGAUGUGAACUGGCCGCCAACAUCAUGUGACUUGACGCCGUUAGACUUCUUUCUUUGGGGUUAUCUUAAGGAUAAAGUAUACACCAUCAAACCACAAUCCAUUGAGGACCUCAAAGAAGAAAUUUGACACAACAUUACUGAAAUUUCUCAGCAAUUAUGUCAAUGUGUCAUGGAAAAUUUCAUCAAAAGAGUAAACAUGUGCUGCCACUGUCGAGGCGGUCAUUUGUCAGAUGUUUAGUUUCAUACAUAACCUCCAUGUCUUCACUUUCAAAUAAAGCAAAAACAUUAAUGUUCAAAUAAAAAGUGUUCUAUGAAAAAAUUUAAAUGUCCGUUCAUUUUGGGACACCCUGUACAAACCCUAUUUCCUGGUUUUUUUUGUUUUUUUUUGUAGAAUGCAAUAAAAAAUCUUGUGAUUCUUGGA